GCCAGGAUGGGCCGGGGGGAGCCAAAGCCGGGCAGAGCCGCGGAGGCGCACGAGGAGCCCCCCGACGCCGGUGCCCCCCGGCUGCUGUCCCGCCGCCGUCCGAGCGCCGCCGCCGAAGCAGGAGACCCUCGGUGGGUCCGGGCGGCCCGGGCGGCUGCGGCUCCUCCCCCUAGGCCGGGCCCCCGAGGGCGAGAGGAGGCGCCUCCUGCUGCUUCGCCGCCGCCGCCGCCGGCCGCGCAGUGCCAUGGCCCGCCUGGACCAGACGGAGACCUUCGCCGGCCUCGCCCUGCCGGCCCACCUGCACACGCAGGAGUCGCUCCGCGCCGCCGCCGCCUUCCCCUUCCGCCCCUCCGACGUGCUCCUGGCCACCUACCCCAAGUCCGGCACCACUUGGAUGCAGCAGAUCCUGACCCUCAUCUACAGCAAGGGAGACCCGGAGCCGGCCGAGACCCUCCCCAACUGGGUCCGAGUCCCCUGGCUGGAGCACACCAUCUUCAAGGAGACCCUUCAGGAGACGGAAGGACCUCGCCUGCUCACCACCCACCUCCCCUGGCAGGUUUUAGCAGCUGCUCUGAGGAAAGCCAAGCCCAAGGUGAUCUAUGUGGCCAGGAACCCCAAAGACGUGGCCGUAUCUUUCUAUCACUUCUACAGGAUGGCCAACUUUUUCCCAGACCCUGGAACCUUUGAUGACUUUCUCCUCCAUUUCUUGGAUGGCACUGUGCAUUACGGCUCCUGGUUCAAGCACGUCAAGGGCUGGCUGAGCUGCCAGAAGGAGAUGGACAUUUUCUACAUCACUUAUGAGGAGCUGCAUCAGGACCUGCGGGGCUGUCUGGAGCGCCUCGGCGCCUUCCUGGGCUACCCUCUGCAGCCGAGCCAGGUGGAAGCCAUCCAGAAGCACAGCUCCUUUGCGUCCAUGAGGGAGAACUCCAUGGUGAACUAUGCUCUUGUCCCUCGGGAGGUCAUGGACCCCAGCAAGAGCCCGUUCAUGAGGAAAGGCACGGUUGGAGACUGGAAGAACCACUUCACCUGGCAGCAGAGCGCCCUCUUUGACAAGGUGUACCAGCAGGAAAUGGACGGCUGCAGCCUGACCUUCCAGGGCCUCACGGACUGACGGAAGGGAAGGGACUCCUCUUCCGACAGCCAGGUGAUGCCUGUGCGGGGGCGGGGAGCACACCCCCUCGACGGCAGACCCUCUUCCCUGCCACAGGACUUGCCCGUGGCCCCAAGACAGCUCAACAGCCACAGAGCCAAGAGCCACCACUGGCAGCAAAGAGUUUUCCCAGCUUCUGAGGAGCCUUUAGUCAUGGGAAGUGUGUGUGUGUGGGGUGUGUGUGUGUGGCGGCGCUGAAGUUCGGAUCCUCUAUGCAAUACACAGAGCAGUUUGUCGCUCAACCUCCUGGCACUGCUGUUGCUGUACUCAUCUUUUGGGGGGUGGGGUGGGGAACAGGGGCUCUCUCUGAGGCUUCCUCUUCUGCAGGCUUUGCCAAAUAAUGGCCCCAGGUGCUGGCGACAGGCCUCCCUUUACCCUCUGUGGAAGGUGAGCCGUUCUUUUCGUAGAGUGAGGCCCGGAGCUGCUGUACUACUGCCAGAUGGUCGCAUUCACAGCCGGUUCCACGUUGCAGCCAGUAUCUGGUUUCCGGCCACUUCGUCCUACCUGGGUUUCAUAGCAACUAACUGAGAUCAGCUGGCCAGGCUUCUCUGGCUUCCCCCCAACCUCUUUGUAAGGCUGGGUGGGGGGGAGGGGGCGGGGCGAGAGCAGGCUGACCUGCCUGUGGAAUAUCUGCAAAACAGCCCCAAUUUGGGUCCUGGCAAAGUUUGGGGAGGGGCCCCCAGAUGUCGGUGCCAAGGAGGCAGGAAGAUCUCCACUAAGCAUUCUGGGAGAGCCAAAUAAUUCCUCUUCCCCCAAGGAGGCUGCUGCUGCACAACAUUCCUGCGAGGGAUUCUGUUUUGCAUCCAACGUGUUUAGCAGGUUCUCCCACCACUUCUGAAAGCAGGAUUUGAGUCCUGUGGGAGGGCGAGCCCCCCCACUCUACCCACACUGUUUUGUCUAUUGACACCCCCCCCCCCCCAAAUGCUUGGGUCCUGGUUGGUCCGAGGAAGGCAGGCUCAAAAAUGGCUUAAAUAAAAUGUUUCCUAUUGAA